AUGCACAGACAUGCUUCAUCCUACCUAAACGCUCUGAGAUGCACCUUUGAAAACCGCACAAUACAGCUCUCGGUUCGUACUGGAAGCUUUCUACAAAGUCGCAGUGUCUCGUCCAACGCUCGAACUCUUCCCAAAGUUGCACAGCCUUCAAUCUGGCAAUCACUUAUUCCCCGGACCCUUCGCAACAGAUCUGACACGGCUUCGGAGUCGAGUCAGAAAAGGGUAACGAAUCCAGCAACGUAUUUCAUCUGGAUUUACCUCCUCAUCGGCUCGCAGGCAAUCCGAAUCAUCCAACUCCAGACGGAAUUCAACACGUUCAUGCGGCGCGCCGAGCUCAAAAUUGAGAAGCUGCGCGAAGUCAUAGAAGCGCUGCAAAGGGGCGAAGAGAUCGACGUGGAGAAAGUCCUGGGAACUGGCGAUGAGAUUCAGGAGCGCGAAUGGGAAGAAGCGCUUAAAGAAAUCGAGAAUGAGGACAGAAUGUGGCAGACGAAUAAACAGAAGAGGAAGGAGGAGAGAGCAAGAGCUCGAGAAGAGGCAGCACGGGAAGCUACCAAAGACACAGCAAGCCCGGUCAACGAUGCUAUUGAACAGCAUGCCAAGGCUGAAGACGAAGCGCAAGAGGGACGAGAAAGAAGACCGAGACCACCAGGAUUCUACUGA